AUGCAGCGCGGUGUCGGCGCUCGCACGUUCAUGGCUGAAAACCAGCCCGGUGUCUCCAAAGCCAGGAAUGGUUGGCAACGGCGUGCCUUUCCACCAGUGCUUGACAAGGGAGGCUAUCGAUCCAACGCGACGGCAAAGGCGGUGAGGUCGUCCCAGACGCGGGGUGCAGUAUUGUUUACGCGACGUCCUGCGGAGUCGCUCCGCACAUGA